AUGUCCAUUGAGGUUGCAACCACCCCAUUUACGGACCAAAAACCCGGUACUUCGGGACUCCGCAAAAAGGUGGCCGUAUUCCAAAAGCCUCACUACACUGAAAACUUCAUUCAAGCAAUAUUGCUGGCAAUUCCAGAAGGUUGUGAAAAUUCCAUCCUUGUUGUGGGUGGUGAUGGCCGUUUCUACAACGAUCACAUUGUCCAGCUAAUUGCCUCCAUUGGUGCCGCAAACGGAGUACGCAAGUUGAUUAUUGGUCAAAACGGAAUUCUCUCUACUCCGGCUGCUUCCAACGUGAUUCGCACUUGGCCUGAGAAAGUCACCGGUGGAAUCAUACUAACUGCAUCACACAACCCAGGUGGACCUGAAAACGAUGCUGGGAUCAAGUACAAUCUGGCCAAUGGCGGACCAGCGCCAGAAUCUGUGACUGACAAAAUCUAUGAGAAGUCGCUAGAAUUGAAGCACUACAAGCUGGUGGAGAACUUUCCAGAGGUGGAUUUGUCCACCAUUGGUGUGCGGACAUAUGCUGGACUCGAGGUUGAGAUCAUCGACUCGACAAAGGCUUACGUUGACAUGAUCUCGUCAAUCUUUGAUCUAGAGCUCAUCAAGCGUUUCUAUGCUAAGCGCUCGCAACAAGGCUUUAAGGUGCUGUUUGAUGCCAUGAACGGAGUCACGGGACCAUAUGGAAAGGCCAUUUUUGUGGACACACUUGGUUUUCCAGAAUCUUCAGUCAUGAACUUUCACCCAAAACCUGACUUUGGUGGAAUGCAUCCAGAUCCAAACCUGACGUAUGCUCACGAUCUUGUGGAACGUGUGGAUCGUGAACAAAUUGCAUUCGGUGCCGCGUCAGACGGAGAUGGUGAUCGUAAUAUGAUCUACGGAGCAAACACGUUUGUUUCGCCAGGUGAUUCGGUGGCCAUCAUUGCCGAGUACAUCGAUUCGAUUCCGUACUUUCAGAAACAGGGCGUUUUUGGCUUUGCCAGGUCGAUGCCCACUUCAGCUGCUCUCGAUCUUGUGGCCAAACACAGAGGUCUUGAGUGUUACGAGGUUCCCACGGGCUGGAAGUUCUUCUGUGCCUUAUUUGAUGCUAAAAAGCUCUCUGUUUGUGGUGAGGAGUCUUUUGGUACCGGUUCAAACCACAUCCGUGAAAAGGAUGGACUUUGGGCCAUUGUUGCGUGGCUCAAUGUGCUUGCUGCAUACGACGAGCAGAACCCUGAGCUGACUAACGGUGCAUCCAUUGCGGCGGUCCAGACUUCUUUCUGGAAGAAGUAUGGUCGUACGUUUUUCACGCGUUACGACUAUGAAAACUGCUCCAGCGAAGACGCUAACAAGCUUAUUGCCAAGCUUGCUGCGCAUGUGUCUGAUUCUGUCUUCAUUGGCAGUAAAGUUGGCUCUGAGACUGUCGUGGAGGCUGAUAAUUUCAGCUACACCGACUUGGACGGUUCUGUUUCAAAAAAUCAGGGUCUUUUCGUGAAGUUUGCGUCUGGACUCAGAUUUGUUACCAGAUUGUCUGGUACUGGCUCUAGUGGAGCCACCAUAAGGCUUUACCUUGAGAAACACUCGCCCGACAUUUCUGAUGCAACACUGGCAUUGACACCUUCUGAGUUUUUGAAGACUGAGAUUGCCACUGUUUUGGACUUUCUUGGAUUUAAGGAAUUCAUUGGAAGAGAGACCCCUGAUGUGAAGACGUGA